GCAAUUUUAUAAGUUUGGCUUUGUAUUUAGCUGCUUUUCCCAAACAAGACACACACACUACACACUCAAAAACUCAUACAAACACAUACACACGCACCGAACAUAAACUAUGUACGAAUGUAAAGCGAGAAGCGCCUGAAAAAUGACUGAUGUAAAUUGUUUUACAAGUGAGCAUACAACAACAACAACAACAACAACAACAACAGCAGCAGCAGCUGUAGCAACAACUCCAACUACGCCUGUAAAAAAUGAGCCAGCGUGCACGCCGACAUCACCGUUUGUGCUAAGAGCGCCACCGAGCGCCAAGUCCAAGCUGAUACUCCAAAACAUGGAGGAAGUGCUCAACACAGUGAAGAAACAACAUCGUGAGAAGCACAAGCGUAAGCGUGAAGAGAAACGACGUGCGGCUAUGUUGGCCGAAGCGGAAGCGGAAGUCCAGGCAAGCCAUGUGACCGCAGGCGAGAAACCCCAACCGCUGCGUGAGAAGACAGUGCGCGAGAAUGGACGCAAACCGACUGCCAAAGAGGAGGAGAAGUCAAUGACGCCCGUAAGCAAAGCAAAAAAUGUAUUUGAACUUAUGAUGAAUGCGCGCAAAAGCUCGCUGGGCACAAAUGCGCAGGGACAACAUUCGCCGGAGCAGCAACAGCCGGAGCUGAGCGCAACGCCGCUGAGCCAACGCAAGCAGCUGCUGCAGGAGUGGAAUGAACGCAAAGGAGGCACAAAGCGGCGUCUAGCCGAUGAUGCAAGAGGAGAAUAUAUAGAGACACAGCUAGAUCAGCGUGCCAAGCGCUUAAAGAAAAUGCUAACGCAGCCAGAGUUGGUCAAGGAGGAGCAACAACAACAGCAGCAGCAGCAGCUUAGCAACUCGGCGCCUGCCAAGCGUGGACGCGGACGACCGCGCACGCGGCGUCCAAGCGCUGAUGCAGAGCAAGUGGAGCUCGCCUCGCCCACCAAAAAACGCGACAGUCUGCUGGGUUACUUUGCCAAAGUGGAAUCACCCAAAAUAGUGGAAACGCCGAAGCGUAGAGGUCGCAACAGCAAAGCAUUGCAAGCGACGCCAGUGCAAGAGACGCCAGCGGAGACGGCCACGCCUACAGGACGUCCACGACGCAGUUGCACGGGUAAAGCGCGCUAUGAUUAUGAUCUGGAGCGCAGUCCAACAAAAGCAAAGCAGCCAGAGCCGCCGCCGCCGUCGGCUGAUGACUCCAUAGAGAUUAUAGAGCUUGACAAUAGCAACUCAGCGCUAACACCCAAGAAGCUGGCGCCUUUGUUUAUGAAGCAGCUGCCCAAACCCAGUCCAGAUCCUUCAGUGCUGCUUGCGCGUCAAGCGUUCUUGCAAUCAGGCGUACCCGAGAAGCUCAAGCAAGAGGCCAGCAGACAAAAGAGCUUUGAGCAGUACUACGAGGAGCACUAUGAGCUGUUUCCAAAGAUAGCGCAUGUGGCCAGCGGCACGCCCGCAACAGAGCUAAAGCUAAAGCUCAAAGAGUUAAACUGCACACUGCCUGCAACUGCACGCAAGCCCAGCUUGGGUAGCAUAACCAAUUGCACGCAGGCAGACUUUGCAGCAGCUGCCACAAAGCGCAUGCCACAUAGCGUGCCAGCGCUGCCGCAACUGGAAAACAAACGCGCUUUGGUGAAGCACUGGAAAACAGACUUUGAUCGCUUUCCCACUUUCAAGUGCUACAAUCAAAUGCGUGAGAAGUAUCGUCACUUUAGCGCUAUUGAUGCAGCGCAAGAAUCGCAGCCUAUGGGUGAAUCCUUUGUGGUGACGCGACGCACACGCCGCAGUCUGGAGACACAGCAGCUAUCUGCCAGCGAGCCAGAUGCUAAGCCGCCUGCUAUGGCGCCCAAUGGUGAGCUGCUGUUUACGGAAAAAUAUAAACCUUUGAUGUUUGAUCAGGUGCUGGUGAAUCUAACGCCUGUGCAGCAGUUGCGUGACUUUCUAGCCAGUUGGCGUGGCGAGUUGCCAAACUCCGAAGAUUCACAGCUGGAUUUCAGUUUGGACAGCAGCUCGCUGGGUGCCAGCUGCAAUACAAUGGUGCUGCUGGGUCCUUGCUCAAGCGGCAAAACGAAUGCAGUGUUUGCUUUGGCCAAUGAUAUGAACUUCAAUGUGCUGGAAAUUAAUGCGGGCAUGAAGCGCAAGGGGAAGAAGCUGCUGCAAGAGCUGCAGGAAGCAACGCAAUCGCAUCAGAUACGCAAGGAGGCCAAAGCAGGCGCCGCCGCACCCACGCAACAGCUGCUGCAGAAACUCAACGGGCAGAAGGGCAAAAAGCAAGAGGAGGAAGUGCGCAAGUCGCUGAUACUCAUCGAAGAUGCUGACAUUGUGUUUGAGAAUAUGGAUGCAGGUUUCACCGAUGCUAUUUAUGCACUGGCAGCCAGCUCCAAGCGUCCAGUUAUUAUCGUCGCCAGCGAUGCCAACUGCGCGCACUUGCAACGUUUGAUGCAACAGAACAUUGUUUACUUUCAUGCACCCAACGCUUUGAAUAUAUCAAGAUUUCUAGCUGUGCUUUCACUUAUGGAGAACUGCCCAUUGGCGCUGAACGAUUUAAUUUCGUUGUAUUUGUUUAACAAGCAAAAUUUACGCAAAACUUUAAUGGAGCUGCAGUUCUUUGUGCAGAGCGGCGGCGAUGCUGCUGUCAGCAGCGCAAGCAAAUCACCAGUCAAAAGCUUGGAAGGCAUUUAUAUACAUCAGCGCUUGUUUGACUUUUAUACGCAAGCACAGAACGUGCAACACUGCAUACCGUAUCCUGUGGACUUUGCACUGCUGCGCUUGAACCUCAGUGAAAUCUUGCGCAGCUCGGCGCGACUGCAGCCAAGCCAAGCAAGUGUGCCCAGUAAGCAAGCGAAGCGCAAGUCGCGCUCACCAAAGAAAACUUGGCUCAACAAAAGCGAAGAGCAGCAAACGCCGCUGGCCAGCCUGGCGAGCUUCUAUGAGCAGUUGUCUACAGCAACGCAGCUGACUGUUUGCCUGGCGCAAGAGGCGCCCGAUCGGCUGCGUCCACAGCUGGCUGAGCAGCUGGCGCAUAGCCUGGUGGAGUGCGCCAUUAAAACGGAGCUGGGCGCACAGCAAUAUGCCUACACUUUGUUCGAUAAGCCGCUGGAAAGGCACAAUCUCAGCGAGCAGCUGGUCAGCUGUAGCCUGCGAAGCAGCAGCGCACGCGCUUUGGACUAUGAGCCGGCAUUGCGUGCAAUUUGUCGCAGCGAGCAGCAGCGCGCUGGACUGGAGCGACGCUCGACGCGUUUCUAUCACUAUUUACGCAAUCAUGCUACGGGCAAUAGUUUCUCCACCGAGCACUUUGAUGUGGCAUGCAAUGUGCUGCAGGAGUCCAACUGCCAGCAUGCAGCAACGUAACAUUUAAUUAGUGCAAAUUUUCUAU